ACUGGUGAUGUGGUUAGGUGUGGCGUCGUGGAUAAUCAUAUAUUAUGUUUACUAUGAAUGUAACUCGCAGUCGCUAAUAAAAAUGCUCAGUUAGAAUUUUUCAUCUGCAGCGGCAACAGUUCAAGCAAAAAUAAUUGUGACCAAAGAAUAAUAACUUAAAAUUUAAAAUAAAGUUAUUGUAAUGGUUAAGUGUCAUUGACUCAGCGUCUCAGCUAAUGUUUACUAUAAAUAAACUGGGAUAGUGAAAGUGAUCGUUGCUAGUUGUGAUUGGUAGCACUGAUCGAUCAUUCGAUUUGACGUCACUAGAACUGUCAUAAAUUGUCAUAACAAAUUCACGUUAACUAGAAAGCGAACUACUCCUGUGUUUCUUUUUAAUAUUAUUAAAUUAAAUACCGACUAUUAUGUUUUAGAUGUGCUUGUGAAACAAACAUUACUUAUUAAAACUUGAUAAAUGAACUAAUAAAAAAUAUAUUGUUAUAACCUGUGGCGUGUUCGCGAUUUUUCCAUCGAAACUUUAACAAAUAUCUAAGAAAAGGAAUAGUGUUAUCAAGUGUUUUCCUUUCACCACUUCUUGUAUUGAAUUCGUAGCGUACAAUUUACACUCAGUGCUUGACUAGCUUUUGGCAACUAUUGUGUUAUAUGUAGAGUGCAAAAACGAAUUAAUAUGUCGUCGUUGGGAAGCCAGUGGAGGCUGAUAAGACACUACCUCUCUGUGUCCAAUUUGAAUACAGAGCUAGAGAAACUCGUACAGAAAAUUAAGCCCGUCACUGCAGAACAAUGGGACAAUUUAAUUAGUAUAUUUGAGAAGGCAGUGUCUAUGAGACUCAUUCAAGGAUUGAAGGAGAUAGAACAUAAGAACAAGGAUCAGAAUGUAGUGAGAGCCCGCGCUGCGGAGGAAACAACAACCGUAAGCAAAGACAGUGUCGACAAAAAUGAAGACAAGAAAGAAGAUAAAUUCAGUGACGGGUUGCUGGUGGGCUCCGAGGCCAAGGAGAUCACAUUUGAGGGGCUGUGGCAGGGACUCAAGUUGAAGAAAGACCUCUCGUUGGGCAGAAUCUCGGAGCCCAGUUGGAAGACCAACAAACCAAUCAUCACGAAGUCGUCGAUCCACUCUCGCACCGCGUACGUGAUAUCAGCGAUUGUGACCGCGGAGAGCGAGGAGUGCCUCCUCAAGCGCAUCGAGCACUUCAUCGACCACCUCCAGCAGUAUCCUGAAGCCAGGGACUACGCCAUCAAGGAAGGUGCGGUGAGAGCACUUCUGCGAGUGCAGGACAAACUUUCUGAUGAAGCUAUCAGUAAGGAACUAGGCGGCGUAGUUUGAGAGGCGCUGGCGCUGGUGGGGCACGCGGGCGCGUGGCGCGGGCGCGGGCCGAGCGUGCUGGCCAUCGACGGCGGCGGCGUGCGCGGGCUGGCGGCCAUCCACCUGCUGCGGCGGCUCGAGGCGCUCACCGGCCGCCGCGUGCACCAGCUGUUCGACUUGAUCGUCGGCGUCAGCACCGGCGCCAUCAUCGCCGCCGUCAUCGGAAGCGGAGUCGGUAACCUGGACACGGCCAGUGAGAUGUAUCACACGUUAUCCAAGAAAAUGUUUGGCAACACUUCGGUGAUAGGAGGCACGUCGCGGCUCGUAUGGACGCAGUCGUAUUACGACACGCAGGCGUUCGAGGAGAUGCUGCAGCAGAAUCUCGGCGAUCUGACGCUCACCCAGUGCAACAGGUUCCACACACCGAAGCUGGCGCUGGUGUCGUGCGUGGUGGGCGACGGCGCGGCCCACCCGUUCGUGUUCCGGUCGUACGCGGCGCGGGCGCGCGCGCGGCCCGCGCUGGAGGGCACGGCGCGCGCGCCGCUGUGGCACGCCGUGCGCGCGUCCGCCGCCGCGCCCGCCUACCUCGCCGCCUUCCGCGCCGCCGGCCGCCUGCACCUCGACGGCGGGCUCGUGGCCAACAACCCCGCCGCGCUCGCGCUGCACGAGGCGCGCCAGCUGUACGGGCCGCUCGCGCCGCGCCGCGCCACGCUCGUCUCCGUCGGCACCGGCCGCGCCCCGCGCCCCGCGCCCGCCGCCGCCCCGCCCGCCGCCGCCGCCGGCUGGCGCGACAAGUUCGACGCCGUGCUCUGCUCCGCCACCGACACCGAGGCCGUGCACCGGCUGCUGGCCGACACGCUGCCCGAGGACGCCUACUUCCGCCUCAACCCGCCGCUGCUGCAGCCCUGCGCCAUGGACGAGACCGACCCGGCGCGGCUGGCCGCGCUGCUCCGCGACGCCGACGACUACGCGCGCCGCAACCGACACAAGCUCGACCGCGUCGCCGCGCGCCUGCUGCGCCCGCCCACGCUCCUGCAGCGCGCGCACCACGCGCUCGCCCGCCGCGCGCUCAUGCUAGGACUGACCGCCGACUGACUGACUGAC